GUAAGUUUGAAUUCCUCAAGGCCACAAGUUCAAAUUUGAUAAUUGCUUCUUUAGUUUGUUUAGAACUUUAAGAGUUAAAAGGGAGUGGUAAAAGGCUGUGUGGUGAGACUAAAAGAGGGUAAAAGCCAUUCGAGGGAUACACGAGGGUUGAGUGAACUAUUUUUGAGAGAAACACGUGAGUGAGUGUUGGGAGGAAGUAAAUUAUUAUUAUUAUUAUUUAUUUUUUUUUGGCAGAAAUAUAAGAUGGGUGAUCAAAACCCCCCACCAAACCUUCAAGUUCAAGCUAUGAUGGAUGAGAUGCGACGUUUGAUGACAAAUGAAUUUAACCAAGUACAUGAAAGAAUGGACCGAAUGGAGGCACAAGUACAAAGAACUCGAUCUCGAGCAUCAUCACAGGUUUCUAACGGGGAAGAGGAGGAUGAUGGUUGGGAACCUGAAAGGCGACCAAAUAGAAGGAGGUCACGAAGAAAUGACAAUUUAAGUUCUAUUAAAAUGAAAGUUCCUUCUUUCAAAGGCAAAUCAGACCCGGACGCGUACAUUGAAUGGGAGACAAAAAUGGAGUUCAUAUUUGAUUGUCAUGAAUAUUCCAACCGUAAGAAGGUAAAACUAGCCGUAGUUGAGUUUUCUGAUUAUGCACUAACAUGGUGGGAUCAACUUCUAAUCACUAGACGGAGAAAUGGAGAAAGGCCUAUUGAGACAUGGGAUGAAAUGAAGAGUGUCAUGCGAAGACGGUUUGUGCCAAGUCAUUACUUUCGUGAUCUCCACAAUAAACUUCAAAGCUUAAAACAAGGCAGCAAGUGUGUUGAUGAUUACUUCAAAGAAAUGGAGGUUAUGAUGGUUCGUGCCAAUAUUGAGGAGGAUCCUGAGGCAACCAUGGCCAGAUUCUUAAAUGGCUUAAAUCUUGAAAUUCGUGAUCGCGUUGAGAUGCAACAUUAUGUUGAAAUUGAAGACAUGGUCCAUAUGGCUGUUAAAAUUGAAAAACAAUUAAAAAGAGGUGGCGGUUCUCGAAAUAACACUUGGAAGGCUAGUACUUCAAAAAAAAUCAGAAAAUACACCUACUUCUUCUUCUAA